AUGGCUUCGAUACAGACCCGGAGGUCCCUGGAGAAGCGCGGCUCGGACGAGAAGGCGCGCUCGGCGGACGAGGAGAAGGCGUUCGAUGCGACCGCGACCGUUUCUGAGGUCGUGGAGAGCUCCGACGGCGAUGAGGCGUUGCGCCUGGUCGGUAGAGAGCGGACGGUGGAGUUCAGCGAGGAGUACAAUAGGAAGCUGAGAAGGAAGCUGGACAUGAUCAUCCCGCCGCUUUGUGCCGCUGUGUACUUCACACAGUUCUUGGACAAGACUUCAUUGAACUAUGCGAGCAUCAUGGGCUUCCCAAUCAAGGGUCAACAAUACAACCUGGUGUCGCUCGCUUUCUACCUUGGGUUCCUUGUCUGGGAGUUCCCGACUGUGUACAUUUCUCAGAAAACGAGGGUGGCCAAGUACCUCGGCGGCAACAUCAUCAUCUGGGGUAUCGUUCUUAUGUCCCAUGCGGCGGCUUCAUCAUUUGGAGCAUUCUUCGCCUUGCGCUUCCUGUUGGGGAUGUGCGAGAGCUGCGUCGCACCCAUUCUCAUUUUGCUCAUCUCGAUGUUCUACAAGAAGGAUGAACAAGCUACGCGCAUAUCCUGGUUCUACGUCAUGGUACGUGGUCUUACACAGGUCUUCGGCGGCUUCGUGGCAUAUGGCAUCUCAUUCGAUGACGGCCAUCUCCUUGCCCCGUACAAGAUCAUUUACAUCCUGCUCGGCGGUCUCGCUAUUAUUGUCGGACUGUGUGUUAUCACAUGGCUGCCCGAUUCCCCGGUCCACGCCCGCAUGCUGACGAAGGAAGAGCGUAUCGCUGCCCUCGAACGUGUCCGAGACGAUCAAGGCGGUACCGAGAACAAGACGCUCAAGAAGGAACAAGUCUUCGAAGCACUCACCGACAUUCGAACCUGGUUGAUUGCUCUCACGACCCUAUUGACGAGCAUUCCGAACGGCGGUUUGAGCAACUUCAGCAAUAUCAUCAUCAAGGGCUUUGGUUAUACCUCCAAACAGACUUUGAUUCUGUCUACCCCAGGUGGUGUCGUAGCAUGUAUUACCACGCUCUUGUGCGGCUGGUACUCAGAUAGGAAGAACGAGCGAAUGAUCCCGAUUAUCUUCGCCCUCAUCCCCACCAUCGUUGGUUCGGCCAUGCUUAUCGGUCUGAAUAACUCCGGAAACAAGGGUGCUCUCCUCUUCGCGAGCUACCUCAUCGGUACUUUCGGUAGCGCUUUGUCGACCAUAUACGCGUACAACGCUAGUAACACCAGUGGGCACACAAAGAAGAACACCAUCAACGCACUCACCCUCGUCAUGUUCAGCAUAGGUAACAUCAUCGGGACGGAGAUCUUCCAGCCCAAGGACGCCCCAGCGUAUAUCCCUGGAAAGAUAGCUAUAAUGGUCCUUCUGACCGUACAGCUCUUCGUCUCGUUCCUGUUGCGCUGGAUCAACAUCCGGCUCAACGUCAAGAAGAGGGCACACCUGGAAGAGGAGAAGGCUAAGCAUGGUUGGUCGGACGAGGACGUUCAGAGGGAGCGUGAGCGCCACGCGUUCCUGGACUUGACGGACAAGCAGAACAUCUUCUUUGUGUACACUGCGUGA